AGGUUUACAUUUCUGUCUGUACAAAUCGAAAUUAACUGAAUCGAUGACAAUAUUUACGAAGACAAAUGAGGACACUAAAGAAGUUCCUAAGGUCGUAGUUUCCAGCCCUGAUAGCACACCAACUGCUCCGCCGGCGAAGGAGCGCGACAUCAGUAAUAGUGGCUGGAUUCCUAUGGAGGGUGGAAACUUUGACAGACCUGUGAAAGAAAGAAGCUCAUCGUUUGGUCCUUUAUCAAUCAUAAGGCUUUCACCAUCACCUCUAGCUAGAACUCCUUCACCAACUCUACCGGAAAAUGACAAUUCUGGAAGGAAGACAAGAAGACGGCUCUGCACUUUGUUGCUAAUUCUAUUAGCGCUCGGUAUGGGACUUUAUCUUGGUGCAAUGUUUUUCCGCUAUCAUGCACGACUUGUACGUUUUGCGUACCAUGAGGGUGUCGAUCAUGGAAGAAUGGCAGCAACCUACCAAAAUCUCGCUCUUCAAAGUCCUCCUUUCAUCAGGGAGCCAAAAACUACUCAGAACAUUACGGCAAUGAUCGACACAAUCUGUAAACGAUGCUUCUCGAAACCACUGAACAACACAAUUUCCACACAACUUAGCCUUAUGCAUAUCCUCACUGGCUCUCCGCCUCCCAUGCUGAAAGAGAGAAAGAUGAGAGGAAGAGUGCGAGUAUGUGGACCACUGAAACGUGAGGAGAUUGAAGCACUUGGAUCCUUAGUUAUAACCGAGUCGACUUGUUCAAACAGAAAUUGAACCCCGAUCACUUCGUUUUCCGACACCUCGCUGUACGGAUACAUUUAGCUACUUUGAUAUGCGUUGUUUGCUCCCUAUUUUUUGUGCAUUUGAAGUCCAUAUAUUCUUCCAUAGUGGCUGA